CCAUCUGCACCCCCGGCUGUCAUCUUCUUCCCCGCCCCCGCCCUCGCCCCAGCAACCGCUCGCCCUCGCCGCGGCGCCACCCAUCGCACAGUGGCCGUGUGCGGUGGGGUGGUUCUGCGAGGCUAUGGCGAUGGCGAGGAGGCAGCACGUCACCAUAUUCACCACGGCGAGCCUGCCGUGGAUGACCGGCACUGCUGUCAACCCCCUGUUCCGGGUGGCUUACCUCGCCAAGGCCGGGGACUGGGAGGUCACGCUGGUGGUGCCGUGGCUGUCCAAGGGGGAUCAGAUGCUGGUUUACCCUAACAACAUGAAAUUCAGUGGGCCGGCGGAGCAAGAAGGCUAUGUGCGGCGGUGGCUUGAGGAGCGGACUGGGCAGUUGCCGAGAUUCAACAUAAAUUUCUAUCCUGGGAAGUUCUCGACGGAGAAAAGAAGCAUUCUACCUGUUGGGGAUAUUACCGAGACGAUAUCUGAUGAAAAAGCAGAUAUUGCAGUUCUAGAAGAGCCAGAACAUCUGACCUGGUACCAUCAUGGACGGAGGUGGAAAAACAAAUUCCGUAAAGUUAUAGGUGUUGUUCACACCAACUAUCUGGAAUACGUGAAGAGGGAGAAAAAUGGGUAUAUUCAGGCAUUUCUCUUAAAACAUAUCAAUUCUUGGGUCACCGACAUCUACUGCCAUAAGGUUAUAAGAUUAUCGGGAGCAACUCAGGAAGUCCCGAGAUCUGUAAUCUGUAAUGUUCAUGGAGUAAACCCAAAAUUUAUUGAAAUUGGCAAAUUGAAGCAUCGGCAAAUAUCUCAAAGAGAGCAAUCAUUCUUCAAGGGUGCAUAUUAUAUUGGGAAGAUGGUCUGGAGUAAAGGCUACACAGAGCUGCUCCACCUGCUUCAGAAGCACCAAAAGGAACUGUCUGGUCUCAAGAUGGAGCUCUAUGGCAGUGGAGAAGAUUCGGGUGAAGUUAAAGCAUCAGCUGAAAAACUCAAUCUGGACGUUAGAGUCUAUCCUGGGCGCGACCAUGCAGAUUCAAUAUUUCACGACUACAAGGUUUUCAUAAACCCAAGCACAACAGAUGUAGUUUGCACCACAACUGCAGAAGCCUUGGCGAUGGGAAAGAUUGUGAUCUGCGCAAAUCAUCCUUCAAAUGAAUUUUUCAAAAGAUUUCCCAACUGCCACAUGUACAGCACGGAGAAAGAGUUUGUGAGACUAACCAUGAAAGCACUGUCAGAAGAACCAAUCCCACUGACAGAGGAACUGAGGCACGAGCUUUCCUGGGAGGCAGCGACAGAGAGGUACUAACUCUGAAACGGAAACAUGUGUGCUCUGAAAAGGAUUACCGUUUGACUUUUGGCAGGCCCUUGCUUUGCUUUCUGGUGUGAUGAAACUGCAGUUUUCCUUGGUGUCGUCCAUCAGAUCUGUAUCUGGCGAUUGUGAAGUCUACCAGCAGGUGAGGAGUGCUCCUGUAAAUUGCAAAGUUGAAGCGCUCGGCGGUGCGACGGCCUCAUCGUCAGGUGGCAUGUAUGUAUGCUUUGUAACAUAACGUGCGUGGCAACUACUCCACUACCGUGUAAAGCCGGCUUGUGUUUCGCAACAAUUCUAUGUGCUCCUGCUCUUGGCCCAUCUGAAAAAGUCUUCUUGUAUGAAUA